AUGUCUUCUGAUGAUAGGAAUGGAAACGAAGAGCUAACCAUUUUUCGUCAAUACAUACAUGAUAUACCAACAGAUGGAAUCGAUUUGGACCUCCUCAAGAAGUUCAAAAAAAUCGACUUCAUUCUGAGCUUCGCCGUCGAGAACUAUGAUAAACAUGGAAAAGGCGACGGAAGUUUCCACCCCACUUGGAAAGUUGAUCCUGAAAGUAUUAAAUGGGUGAAAAAGCUGAAAGAAGAUCAUCCAAAAGAUUAUCCAGAAGUGAGGGUGGUUAUAAGUAUUGGAGGUGUUGGCGAGAAAUUUCCAUUCAAUCCAGCCGAAAAAGAUAUAUGGAUAUUCAACGCCGUAGAAACCAUCGAAAAAAUUAUCCAUCUCUAUGACGACAACCGUAGCUACAAAACCAUAAUCGAUGGUAUCGAUAUUCAUUAUGAUGUCAUCAACUCAAGUGAAGAUGAUUUUUCCUUUUGUAUUGGACAAGUUAUAAAGAAACUCAAAAGUUUUAGAAGUUUAUCGGUUGUGUCCAUUGCUCCAACAAAACUCGUGGAGUCCUACUACUUAAAAUUGUAUCAGGCCAACAAACUCGUUAUUGACUUGGUUGAUUAUCAGUUCUACAAUCAGAAAUUCUCUUCAAAGGAACAAGUUAUAGAGCUCUAUAAGAAACUGGUAAUUGAUUACUCUCCUGCUAAAGUCCUUGCAGGAAUUACCGAUCCUGUUGACGCUAUACUUUAUGAGGGCAUCAAAUACCUCAUCAAACACAAAUUACUUCCUGGUAUUUUCUUUUGGAAUUUUGAAGACUCUCUAGAGAAAUUUCUACAAGACCUCUUAGCAACCUAG